CGGUCCCACUCGGUUCUGGGCGUGGCGGCCAUUUUGUUUUGGGCAACGAGCGGGAGGAGUCGGAGGCGGCGGCAGUGGUGGCAGCGACGCAGGGCAGGAAAGGGCAGGCCGGGCGAGCAGGCAGACCGGCCGACCCGACAGCCGGCCGGCAGCAGCGAGCUAACCUAGCAGCCUAGCGCUUACACCUCUGACCAACCGCCCACCAAGUCAAGUCAGGUUCCGCCGGGCCCCGGCCCGCGCGCCGCAGCCGUGGUGGCAGCCCCGGGAGGCGCACUGGCGUCCGUUUCCUUCGAUCCUCGGGAUUUGAAGAUGGCUGCUCAGUCGGCGCCGAAAGUUGUGCUAAAGAGCACCACCAAGAUGUCUCUAAAUGAGCGCUUUACUAAUAUGCUGAAGAACAAACAGCCGAUGCCAGUGAAUAUUCGGGCUUCGAUGCAGCAACAACAGCAGCUAGCCAGUGCCAGAAACAGAAGACUGGCCCAGCAGAUGGAGAAUAGACCCUCUGUCCAGGCAGCAUUAAAACUUAAGCAGACUUUAUAUGCAAGUCCGGACAAUGGCUGUGGAAGGAUAUGUCCAAGCUGUGGCUGGGCGUCUGGAGGGCGAUGCCAUGCAACUGUAAGGACUUGAACUGGUAGCGCUGCAUGGCUGUGCAUAAAUUCAGCAGUUAAAUAUAACACCCUCCCACCCCACCCUGAACUGUUGGGCUCACUGACCAAAAAUAAACAAGGCCUUCUGCUUCAGCUACCUUAAGCCUUGGAGUUCCUGUAUUUGUCCCUGAUUCAGGAAAGCAGUAAAAAGGGCCCCACGGUUUUCCAAGAGUAGCUAUUAUAAAUUGCUAAAGAUAAGUCUCUGACACAUCAUUCCAAAGGAUCUUUCUAGAAGAAGCUUUAAAUAUAAGCUGGGCAAAAAGUAGCCUCUGGAGCAGGGCUAUCUGAUAGAACUUUCCACAGUAAAGGAAAUACUGUAUAUCUGCUCUCCAAAUACGGUAGCCACUAGCCAGGUGUGAGUGUUGAGCCCUCAGAAUGUGGCUAGUAUGAUUGAGGAGCUUUUUAAAUUUUAUUAACUUGUAAUUUAAAUAGCCACAUGUGGCUACCUUAGCAUACAGUACAGCUCUGGAAUGAAAACUAGGUGGCAUAAUAACAUCUUGAAGCUUACCAUCGCUGUUAGAGACUACGACUGAUGGCCAGAAAGCGAUAGGAAGGGAGAACUUCUAAGCACCGUGCAUUAUCUGCUGAGGCACGGAUUUCGGGAGAAGGUACAUACUCAGGAUCAUUGAACGGAAGGGAUUUGUAGAACGAUGUCCUGACCUCCUAAUUGUGUGCUGUCAGGGGAGUGAUACAACAGACUCUUACGGUUGGUUACGCUUGGGUGCAUAAUGUUCAGAGCCUGUCCCUCUGAUUAGAAGCAGUUUAUUAGCUUAUGCUAGAAACUAAUCAUAAUAAUUCACAGCUUAUGGUUGGUGGGGGGGGGGUCAUUGGUAAGUCAUUUACGGGUCAAGCCUGAGGAUACACAGAAUUUACUUUCACUCACCCUGACUGAUGGCUUUAUAGGAAAACAGGUUUGCUGGGGCCUCGAUUGUGUUCAAGGCUGCACAGUCACCUUUUCCUUUGAAGGAAAGGAGAUGUAGGUCUCUGAGGGACAGAUUAUUGAAAAUCUCCAUUAGUGGUGUGUCCUUAUUCUCAAAUAUGGCUCUGAGUUUUGUGAGUAUAGGUUACCUGUCUUAAUUCUAAUGCAAGGUAGCUUUCUCUCUGGAGAAGAUACAAAUAUUUUGAAUUAAAGUUUACAGUACUGGCUUACUGGAGCUGUUUGCAAGGGAAGACAUGGAAUUAAUAGUGAUUUAAGAAAUAUAAGGAAAAGGAGGUUUGACUUUCUUGUGUUUACAUCUUAAGGUAAAAAGUGGACCGUCUGGAGAUAGAUACUCAGAGGAAAAAUGGAACACACUGGCCUCUGACUGAAAAAUCUUGUUUUUAACUGACAAGAAUUCAAAUGAACUUAUAAUUUAAAAUAUUUCCCAGAGUGUGAUGAACUUCCUAUGGUGUUUGAGUAAGCCUUUGAAGACAGUGGUAGUCCUUGGGCAAGUAUGAAUCAAGUCGUAUCGUUGUCAACCUGUGGUACAAAAACAGCAGAAUCCAGGAUUGGAAAUGUGGAGUCCUUACUAAAACCUAAGUUCCAAGGACUGGUGUAUGGCUUCUGCCAAACUAGUGAGGUAAUUUGUGUUGGUGCCAAUGUCACGGGACCAUAAUUGAGCUUUUGUCAAGGCUCUGGAUCAGAAUUCUUCCCUUACAUGAUGUCCUGAGGCAAAGGCUAGUUUCUCGUUCAGGGUCUUUGUGACAUCUGCGGCAGGUUAAUCCCCCUCCACAUAGCCAUCCUACUUGCUUUUUCUCUGCACUUUGGGUUGCUGAAUCCUGCUGGAAUGCUUUUUUGAUCUCAAUCCCCCAACACCUUUUCUUCCAGAAGAGCUUAAAGCAGCGCCUGGGUAAGAGUAACAUCCAGGCACGGUUAGGCCGACCCAUAGGGACCCUGGCCAGGGGAGCAAUCGGAGGACGAGGCCUACCCAUAAUCCAGAGAGGCUUACCCCGAGGAGGACUCCGUGGGGGA